AUGCUGUUGGGUACGCUAAAUCUCCACGAUAGUGAUAAUCGUCACUUCCAAGUAGACUGUGAACUGUCUCCCUGGACCAUUCAGGUGGGUGGAAUCGGUAACGGUGGCGACUGCACUGACGGCGGCCAAACUUUGCAGUCGAGUCUUGAGGAGUUAAACAGCCGUCAUGGUCGUCGUACGACUGGUUUUGGCAAUAAUUUCGACGACGGCUGCAUGAAUCGGGCGGUUUACAGCAGUCGUGAGACGAAAACUGGUGUACGGAACCUUUAUUAG